AACAUAUAUUACAGGUCGGAUACGCGAUAUCCGAAUUCGAAUGAGGCCUACACCCAGCAGCUUAUCGAGAUUAUAAAGAAGCCUGGACAGUCGCUUGGUCUUUACCUGAGAGAAGGAAAUGGCGUUGACAGAAGUCACGGUGUAUUUGCUAGCCGCUUUGGAGAGAACUCCGAACUGGAAAAAUACGGUGACGUAAUUCGACCUGGCGAUGAGAUUCUCUCCAUCAAUAAUGUCGAGUCUCGUCCAUGUCCAUAG